UGGAGGCUCAGUCUCGGAGCAGCCAUUGAAGGGGAAGGAACUGCGGGUGCGCGCGUGUCUCUGUGUGUGAAUGUGUGUGCGUGCCCGUGUGUGCGCGCGCGGGUGUGUGGACUAGAAGGUGGGGGCAGCCGAGUUCGUCCCAAGUCGUCGGACUCCAUUUGCUAUUCUUUUCUUUCUCCCCCACACCCGGGUGGUAGUGGGUGUCCGUCUUUGCGUCUCUUUUCAUUCAUCUCCAGACCUUUAGAGGUUUUUUAGGGUUGGGGGCAGUGGGGCGGGCGCGCGAGGGGAAAGGAGGAGGACAUGGAGAUGAAGAAGAAGAUUAACCUGGAGUUGAAGAACAGAGCCCCGGAGGAGGUGACAGAGUUAGUCCUUGAUAAUUGCUUGUGUGUCAAUGGGGAGAUCGAAGGCCUCAAUGACACCUUUAAAGAACUGGAGUUUCUUAGUAUGGCCAACGUGGAAUUGAGUUCCUUGGCCCGGCUUCCCAGCUUGAAUAAACUUCGAAAGUUGGAACUCAGCGACAAUAUAAUAUCUGGAGGCUUGGAAGUCCUGGCAGAGAAAUGUCCAAAUCUUACCUACCUCAAUCUGAGCGGAAACAAAAUCAAAGAUCUCAGUACAGUAGAAGCUCUGCAAAAUCUUAAGAAUUUGAAAAGUCUCGACUUGUUUAACUGUGAGAUCACGAACCUGGAGGACUACCGAGAAAGCAUUUUCGAGCUGCUGCAGCAGAUCACCUACUUAGAUGGAUUUGACCAGGAGGACAACGAGGCCCCCGACUCGGAAGAGGAGGACGAGGAGGAUGGAGAUGAAGAUGAGGAAGAUGAGGAGGAAGAUGAAGCUGGUCCACCUGAAGGAUAUGAAGAGGAGGAGGAAGAGGAGGAUGAAGAUGAGGAUGAAGCAGGUUCAGAAGCGGGAGAGGGAGAAGAGGAGGUGGGCCUCUCAUACUUAAUGAAAGAAGAAAUUCAGGAUGAAGAAGAUGAUGAUGAUUAUGUUGAUGAAGGGGAAGAAGAGGAAGAAGAGGAAGAAGAGGGUGUGCGGGGAGAGAAAAGGAAGCGAGAUGCUGAGGAUGACGGAGAGGAAGACGAUGACUAGCCCCUCCAGGAUGAGGUUGCUCCUGGUGUGCAGUAGAGCAGCCAUGUCUUGUUUCUUCAUGUAUGAUAGCUGUCCCUAGAGGUGAUGUGCAGCUUUUAUAGGAAAGUGUGGUUUUACUAUUUGGCCUUACCAUUCCGACUGAGAUCUGCUUGUCUGUUAAUCAUAAUGUAUGUAGAAAAAAAUUUUCAUUCAUCUUCCCGUUGUGAAAUUCUUUAGCACUGUAUUUAGAUUCUGGAUUUUUAUAAUUCAUGCUUAAUGUAUUAGACAUUUUAGCUCAUAAUUAAAACAUGGUUGCUUUUACACAGG